AUAAUAAAAUUUAGUGAACUCCUGUAAACUCCAAUAGUAGCAACCCGAAGGCCAAAUCACACCAGUGAAGUGCAGACUGUAGAGCCCCCCUCAUCUCCAUCCUGGGCAGUCAAAUCCGAACCCACAGCGAGAAAUGGCGGCGGCGGCGCUCCGACCGGCGAUCCUCCGCCGCAUCCGGCUCUCCCCCACCCCGUCCCUCGCCCUCGCGGCCGCCGGGGCAGGGGCGUCGUCCCACCCGCACGCGCUGGCGCGGUGGCUCGCGCGGCCCAUGUCCUCGCACGACGCGCACCUCACCCGCGAGGAAGUCGUCGACCGCGUCCUCGACGUCCUCAAGAGCCACCCCAAGGUCGACCCCUCCAAGGUGACCCCGGAGGCGCACUUCGAGAAGGAUCUGGGGCUGGACAGCCUGGACACCGUCGAGGUGGUCAUGGCCAUCGAGGAGGAGUUCAAGCUCGAGAUUCCCGACAUGGAGGCCGACAAGAUCGACUCGCUCCCGCUGGCCAUCGAGUACGUCGCCAACCACCCCAUGGCCGGCUGAGCCUCUGCUCGCCAGAGGGGAGGUGAGGCUUCUCUUGGUUUUGUUUCCGAGGGCAAAUAAUCGGCCGGAGUGGCACAGGAAAACUUGUCCCUGGUGCUCUGCAUUGCUUCAGGUGACGAAUGAUGAUGUCGAAAUGGAACAUUAACAUUUUGUUUUUUUUUAUUACGAUGCAAUGCAAUGUUAGAUUGCUGUUUUUUGUGUGUGCGUGUUAUAUCUAUAUACUGGUUGUUGACAAAAGAGUCUGGUUGAUUUGUGAGUCUGGUCACUGUUCCAUUAUUUGAAUUGGGUUCAUGAUACUUUCCACCAUUUAUCA